AUGGACUCAGGACCUCAGUCGCCUCUGGAGCCUGCAUCACCCCCCAAACCUCAGACCGAUGCAAUCUACGCCGACCUCAUAGAUGACGAUGCUCCAAUCCCAACACAAGAGCAGGGAUCUACAGUUCUCUAUGUGGGCAACCCUCUGCACAAUCUCUCAUAUACUGUCGGCCAACGCCGCCUGUCGGACCCUCAACGCCCACUGCACUACUUCGUCGUAGGCGAAUCUGCAACAGGAAGAGUUGUCGCAGAGAACGAAGCCCCCCGAACCCUUACUAUGUCCAACAACGACCAUCUGCCUCCCAAGGCGGUCCAAGAUGAAUUGGUAAGGAUUUACUUCUCCGUGUUCCAACCGUCCUACCCAUUCCUGGAUCGGUCUCAUUUCAUCGGCCUCUACAAUACCGGAGAGUUCACCGUUGUAGGCUCCUCGAGAAGCCUUAGCCUUAUGCUUCUCCAAGCUGUGUUUUUGACGGCCUUCACUCAUUGUUCUACCUCUGUGGUUCAAAGCGCCGGUUUCCAGUCCCGAAUAGACGCCAAAGUCACCUAUUUUCGCCGAACGAAGGCUCUAUGGGACGCCGCCCUCGAGACAGAUCGGCUCAUCAACAUACAGGUUUUGCUCCUGCUCCAAUUCUGGUGGGACAGCCCGACAGAGCAAAAGGAUUCAAUUUUUUGGCUGAAUAUGGCCAUAUCCUUAGCACAGGGCUGCGGUAUGCAUCGGAGUACAGCGUGCUCAGGCUUGCCAGAUCAUCAGAGGCGGCUGUGGACGAGAAUUUGGGCAUGUCUGAGACUGCGAGAUGCACAGUUGGCUACAGCGCUUGGUAGGCCGCUUCAUCUGCACUCCGAGGACUGCGACGUGGAGCCCUUGGAUGUGUCUAUCUUCCUGGAAGACAACGAUCUGCAGAUGGACGAACCGCUUGUUGGUCGAUCAACACACUUGGAGAAACUAUAUUUCUUGAACAUGAGCAAGCUCAGUAACAUUGCCGGCCUGAUCAGCCAGGGUCACAGACCACGCGGAGCAGAUGGGAAGCUGGCCGAAGCUCGAACCACUCUUCGAGAGUGGUACCAAAGUCUCGAAACGGAAUUGCAACUCGGUGCAGGAUACCACGUCGAGUUCUGGGUCAAGUUUUUGCACAUUUAUUACAAGUAA